AGACUGCAGUAUCAUCUGAGCAAACCACAUAAGCGAUUUUCACUCGUAUUGCAUCACUUUCUGCUACUUUCCGGAUCCAACUAGCGAAUUAGGCAGUGACACCAAGGAACGACUUACCGUAUCGGGCCCACCCCCAAUUUUUCAGUUAUUAAUUCUAGGAUCCACAGUUUCCUAAAAGGCGAAACCCAAAAGGCGAUACUAAUUUACUAUUGCAGCCAGGGAUUAUUUCGAACGAUCAAAUCGUGCACAAUACAACCUACUGCCAGAAAAAAGUUUGACUGAUAUUUUCAUUAUAUCCAUGUUCUCUACUAGCAAGCAUUUGGUACUCUACUGAUACUCCACGAGGUACUUCUAUUACAAAAGAACAAUAUAAAUCGGCUCAAGAGUCGCAUCAUUGAUCCACUCACCCGCAUUCCAUCAUCCGACCCGAACCGCAAAGUAGAAUGACUACCUUUAACAAUCAGGUGUAUGAAGACAUCACUGCUGAGCAGAAAAGAACGAAUUCGUACGCCAGUCUCGUUCCUGGCCAGACCAUUGUAGAAAUCCCCUCCUACACGCUUGAGUGUGGAGAGGUCUUGUCACGUUUCCCUGUAGCCUACAAGACGUGGGGUAGAUUAAACGAAGAGAAAGACAACGUCAUUUUGAUCUGCCAUGCCUUGACUGGAUCCUCUGAUGUCCAGGACUGGUGGGGACCCUUGCUUGGUACUGGCAAGACGUUUGAUCCCUCACGCUACUUCAUCAUCUGCAUCAAUUUCCUCGGUUCACCCUACGGCUCGGCUUCUCCUGUCAGUAUUGACAAGUCUACAGGUAAGCCGUAUGGACCCUCUUUCCCAUUGGUCACAGUAAAAGACGACAUCGGUAUCCAGAAGUUGAUCUUGGACUCGUUGAGUGUCAGAUCGAUCGCUUGUGUCAUUGGUGGAUCUAUGGGAGGCAUGCUUGCCUUGGAGUACUCUGCUACAUACAACAAGACAAACUACGUUAGGUCUAUAAUAGCGCUUGCCACCUCUGCUCGAGCCUCAGCCUGGUGUAUCUCAUGGAACGAAACCCAGAGACAGUGUAUCUUUAGCGAUCCGUUCUACGAUGACGGCUAUUACUACGAGAACAAUGGCAUCAAGCCUGACUCGGGGCUUAGCGCUGCGAGAAUGGCUGCGCUCUUAACGUAUCGUUCAAGAAACUCUUUUGAAACCAGAUUUGGCCGUAAGUUGCCCAACAAGAUCGGCUCAGAAAAAAGAAAGCGAGAUGAAGAAGAACAGGGCAUCAGAUACCCUAAGACAAAAGACGAAGAGAAUUGGUUGUUACACAACGAAGGCUCCAGAUCGUCCAGAUCGUCAUUGAACAGAACUUCAUCGCAAAGUAGCAUCAACAUGACCAGCAAGCCCCAAACUUACUUCACGGCUCAGUCGUACUUGAGAUACCAAGGUAACAAGUUUAUUACUCGUUUUGACGCCAACUGUUACAUAUCUAUAACCAGAAAGCUUGACACCCACGACAUCACCCGAAGCCGAAUCUCGGUACAAGACACGGUGGAAGACCCGUUGCCUAGUUUCUUGCAGAGCUUACAACAGCCACAUUUGAUUAUAGGUAUCCAAUCAGAUGGGUUGUUUACCUACGGUGAACAGCAGCUCUUGGGUGAGAAUAUCCCUGACUCGAGCUUGAAGAAGCUCGACUCUCCAGAAGGGCAUGAUGCCUUCUUGUUGGAGUUCGAAUUGAUCAACAACUACUGCUUGAAGUUCUUACAAGACAAGUUGCCUGAAUUCUACGACGUGACAUCUGGAAAGUACCAGCCGUUUGAGAACUGGACCGAGUUCGUGGACAGCACUGACAAUGGAGGUAACUCUGUGUUUGGUGAGGCUGAGAAGAACAUUACCAAUUGGUAGACUAAUGGCAUGAAAAAUGUAUAUCUGUUAAUAAGAAGUAAAUAUCUAAUACAUGGAAAUAAAAAGUAUAUAUUUAA